AGAGAGAGAGAGAGAGAGAGAGAGAGCGCGAGGGAGAGAGAGUGAGAGGCGGAGCAGGACUAAUAUCAGAGCCUAUGUUGAUGUGAUCUGUGUUCUCAUCAGACCAUGAAGUAUGUGUGCGUAUGAUGCUCGCUGAAGGAAGCUUCCAGGCAGUUUAAAUCCAGUGUCAUUGAACCAGAACUCGCUGAAAUCCAGUCUCUUCUUGUUAAAGUCUAUGAGUGACUGCCUUGUUUUUUUCAAAAAAAAAUUCUGCUUGGAAUAUUCCAGAAGUAAUUUUACAACUCUUGCUUUGAACCUGUGAUACUGCUAUAUCAUGGAGUGAAGUCAGACAAGGUCCAUUCUUGUGAUUGGAACAGGAAUAAGUAAAAUGAAGAAGUUUAAGCGUCGAUUCUCACUGUCGGCGCACAGGACGGAAACCAUUGAGGAGUCGCUUGCCGAAUUUCAGGAACAGAUCACAAACCAGAUAAACAACAGGAAGAAUGACGAUAUUGCACAUGAAAAUCUUCCACUGACAUUGAAUGUGCACUCACACCGGGUUACAUCUGAAGACGUCCAUUCACCAAAUUCCCUGCGCUACAGGAAUCAUCGGCAGCGCAGGUUCUCGAUGGAGGACCUGGGUAAGAGGCUAUCACUCCCGAUGGACAUCAGGCUCCCGGAGGAAUUCCUACAGAAACUGCGACUGGAGAGCCCACCCUUUCCCAAAACUCAGAGCAGGACAUCCCGCAGAGCUUCACUGUCAGACAUUGGAUUUGGGAAGCUGGAAACUUAUGUCAAACUGGAUAAGCUGGGAGAGGGAACUUAUGCCACAGUGUUUAAGGGGAAAAGCAAGUUGACAGAAAACCUGGUGGCAUUAAAGGAAAUCCGACUGGAACACGAAGAGGGAGCACCAUGCACUGCAAUACGUGAAGUCUCCCUGCUAAAGAAUCUGAAGCACGCAAAUAUCGUCACUCUGCAUGACAUAAUCCACACUGAACGCUCACUCACCCUAGUGUUUGAGUACCUGGACAGUGACCUAAAACAGUACAUGGACAACUGUGGGAACAUCAUGAGCAUGUACAAUGUCAAGAUAUUUAUGUUCCAAUUGUUGAGAGGAUUAUCCUACUGCCACAAGAGGAAGGUUCUACAUCGAGAUCUGAAGCCACAGAACCUGCUCAUUAAUGAAAGAGGAGAAUUAAAAUUAGCUGAUUUUGGUCUGGCAAGAGCAAAAUCUGUCCCCACCAAAACCUACUCAAAUGAGGUGGUGACUUUGUGGUAUCGACCCCCAGAUGUCCUGAUGGGUUCAACAGAAUAUUCCACCCAGAUCGACGUAUGGGGAGUUGGUUGUAUUCUAUAUGAAAUGGCUGCUGGAAGGCCAUUGUUCCCUGGUUCCACAGUGAAGGAAGAACUGCACUUAAUUUUCAGGCUUUUAGGAACUCCCGCAGAAGAUACAUGGUCGGGAAUAACAUCAAAUGAAGAAUUCAAAGCUUAUAACUUCCCUUAUUACCGACCUCAACCAAUGAUAAAUCAUGUUCCCAGGCUGGAUGCUGAUGGACUUGAUCUUUUUUCCAAUCUUUUAUUGUAUGAAGCCAAGAAGAGGAUUUCAGCCGAGGAUGCUCUCCAGCACGUUUAUUUCAAGAGCUUGGGAGAAAGGGUCCACCUUGUACCAGAUAAUAUCAGCAUUUUUACUUUGAAAGAAAUCCAAUUGCAAAAGGACCCAGGUUACCGAGGGUCUUCAUAUCCCCAAUCUGGCAGGGGGAAGAAUCGAAGACAGAGCGUACUAUUCUAGAUGGAUCCAUGCUUGUGCCAACGCCCACGUUAUGAAGGAACAACAGCUCAUCGCCCUCUUGAAACGUGUCAUGGAUCGAGGUGAGGCUACAGCAGUCAAACAAGACAAUGGCUACGUGAGAUCAACAUCAGUAAAAUGUGAUGAAACGGCAUUGGGAAAUGUCAUUGGGAAUGGGAGCAGCCCAUUUAGCACAUCAAAUUUAAGCUGCCGUUGAAUUCUCUCUGGUCCAUGAAUAUCUUGCUUCCAUCAAGUCACCUUGGUUCCAUAACUCGUAACAUCUAGUGAAGCUGUUUGGGCCCAAAUGCCAGGAUCUGUCCUAUUGCCACAAAUUGCCAAGAUACCAAUUUGAACAUCUCCUGAUUGUGAGGUGCCUACACCAUGCUCUGGUACUGCAUUACAGCAUCUCAGAGCAGCUUCUGUGUUGAAGCUGUCUUUCCAUUACUUCAGGAGUAGUCAGCAUUGACCUCUCCUCUCCUCCAGGUCAAUGGAAGUUUUCCUCCUUCAAAUUUGCAUGUUCAAAGCAAGCUUGCAUCUUCAGUCAUUGGGCUUGGGGGGAAUGGAUCACAGUGAGCCUCUUGACAGAGGUUCACAAUAGGCCCAGGGUCCACAAACUCCUAGCAGACCAAAGGAAACAGGUUCACCUCUGGCCAAUAAGGUAUGCCUAUAGUCAUAGACAUGAAGCAAGUCCAGAGAGCAUGGGAUCAUUGUGAGUCCAGGUCUCAUAGGAUCAUAGCUGACCCAGGAUGUACCAGCUAUGGGCCCAAGAAUUGCAGGACCCAGGGAGGUCUUGCUGAUAGUGGGCCCAGGGAAAUCUGGCUGAUAGUGAGCCUAGGGAGGUCUGGCUGAUAGUGGGCCCAUGGAAAUCUGGCUGAUAGUGGGCCCAGGGAAAUCUGGCUGAUAGUGGGCCCAGGGAUACAAGUUGAUUGUGGACACAGGGGAUUCUGGCCAAUAGUGGGCUCGGGGGAUUCAAGCUGAUAGUGGGCCUGGGGCUGGGGAGAUGUUGAAGAUGAUAGUGGGCCCAGGCAAUUCUGACUGAUAGUGGGCCAGGAUGUUCAAGCUGAUGGGGGGCCCUGGUUUUCAGGCUUCUUGCAGGCCUAGUGGAAUCAGUCAACAGUGACGUAUCAGUACCCAGGCUUGUUGCAGGCCCUUGGGGGAAACGGGUUCCUCAUAGGCCUGAUGUAGAGGCAGCGGCCACAGUCUCAAAAGGCCAAGGGAAACAGGCUCAUUGUGGACCUUGGAUGUGUACGGUCAUUGGGAUCCUGGAGCUUUAUAGCAGGUCUACGUGGCACGUGGCCACAGAGGAAACUGAUUGGUUGGCUUCACAUGACAUGGUGUCCCCACAGAGGGCAUGGGCUCACCAUGGGGCAGAAGGUUUGGUUUUACUUGAUUUCUUUCUAUUUCUGGCCUCAUCUCAUCUAAAAUUGGAUGGUUGAGCAAUCUGACAGCUACAUUUGGGUCAACUGGGCAGCUGUGUGGGUCUCCCAAUGGAGGGUUAAACCACAGCAGGUCAGGGUGCCUUCCACCAGCACAGGGAGAUGAGAAAACAGUGACAACCUUGUGAAGAGUGCUGAAGUGUGCUGUCAGGCAUGCAAAAAUGAGGCUUGCUCAUCAGAGCCGGCAAGCUGUAACCAGAGCCUCGAUAAUGGGGACGGGCCUGGGAGAGACAGGUUCAAUGAUUCUGCCAAUGGAGUUGGAGAAUUUUGCAGAGAUAGAAUUGGUGAAGCCUCUCUGGUGCUUUGAGGUGCCUGCUAUAGCUAAUCAUAUCUUCAAAGCAUGCAGGAUGGCAGGGAUCACUGCUGUGAUUAGGCGGGAUUCUGAUUUAGAGGCUUUCAGUCAUAAUCCCAUGGAUUGUAGCUUCACACCACUGGUUCCUCAGCCAAGCACAUACGCCUGCAGUUUGUCUCGUCCUGAGCAGGAUUACUAUUUGGUCCCAAGCAUGCUUGGUGUUUGGAUAUUCUUUGCCUAAAAUGGCUGGAAACUGUGCUGGUGUACUGGAGGUGGUGGUGUUUUUGAUAAUUGAAGUCUACCAUCAUUGGGAGGUAACUCCUGAGAUAUGGAAGGUGAUCUGUAUUUUCUAGCAUCUCACUGUGGACCUUGAAUGUUGUUGGUUGGUUGGUUGGUUUAUUACUGAGAUACAGUGCAAAGCUCUUGCUUGCAUGCCAUCCAGACAGAUCAUGCCAUACAUAAGUACAUUGAGGAAGUAAAUAGAGAAAUAGAAUGCACAAUAUAGUGUAGCAGCUACAUAGAAAGUGCAGUACAGGUAAACAAAUAAAGUGUAAGGCCCACAAUGAGGUAGAUUGGGAGAUCAAGAAUUCACCUUUAACAUAUGAGAGGUCCAUUCAAGAGUCUGAUAACAAUAGGAUAGAAGCUGUGCUUGAGUCUGGUGGUACGUGCUUUCAAGCGUUUGUAUCUUCUGCCUAAUGGGAGAAGGGAGAAGAGAGAACGACCAGGGUAAGAGGGGUCCUUGAUUAUGUCAGCUGCUUUCCUGAGGCAGCGGGAAGUGUAGACAGAGUCAAUGGUGGGGGUGGCUGAUUUUGUGAUUCACUGGGCUGUGUUCACAACUCUCUGCAAUUUCCUAUGGCCUUGGGCAGAACAGUUGCCAUUGUGUGAGUUGUCUGAGGGGAGGGCAGUGUUGCGCGGUGAAGUCAUGUUGGUAGAUGGCCUUUGUCUUCCAAUUAUUUGGUGAAGGAAAUCUACCAUCUGACUUCUUUGUGAAUGUGGUUGACUCUUAACUGUCUCCGUUGUGGGAGUGAUGAGAGAUGGACAAUAAAUGCUGGUCCAGCCAGUGAUAUUCACGUCCUGUGAAUGAAUAAAUUAAAAAAAUCUUUCAAACCAUUAACAAAUUUUGAAACUGUGCUCUGCAUUUCUCCAAAGUUGAGGUCAUUAUGUUAUAAACUAAUGUGUUCCUAGCGCUGAGCUUUAGGGAACCCAUUCUACUGAGUACCUCCCCUGAGUCUAAGAAACAGCCUUGUUCCACAGCUCCUUGUUCGUUAUACCUUGGUCAAUUUUGUACCCAUGCUGAUUCUGUCCUUUCAUCUGAUGGACUUCAAUUUUAUCAACAAGUCUAACAUGUGGUACUUUGUCCUCUGAAGUUAAUGGUUUCCCAUCUUCUGACAUUAUUGCUGGAUAAAUAUUGGGAGACAAUGUGCAUUUCAAACCACAAUCGUUAAAGCAAUGUUAUGUAGAUAGCAUUGUUAAACUAGCCAGAACAAUGUUUUGUGUUUUGCAAUAGCCUAACAAUGUACCAUUGACUGUGGGAUCAUCCUGACAUCAUUAUUAUACCUGUGAAUAAGUCUGGUCAUUCGUCUUCCUUUAGACAGCCCAGAUUUCUUUGGCUCUUCCUUUCUUUGAGAAGCUGAGUCUGUCUUGUGGAAGAUCCCACCACUUUGAAGAGGGGCAGGGCAGUUCCCUGCAAAUCAAGAUUUAUUAUUCAACCAACAAGACCAAACAUAGUUUAAUUUAAAUCAUCUUUAAAGUAUAAUUUAAAUCAUGAUUACAUUGCUGCUUUUAGGAUCUUGGUAGAUACAAAAUUAACUUCUGCAUUUCCAGCAUUGCUCCACUAUGUAUAGAGGACUCUGGGACAUCCAGAGGUCACAAAAUUAUACAAACUUGAAACUCCCCUGGUGACAAACAGGUAAUGUGAAGUCAGUAUGCUAAAUGUGUUAUAUUCAGCUAUUGUGAUACAUGUGACACAUAGAAACUCUGAAAUUCAAACAAUUUCGGUUUAAUACAGAAAACAUUGGUCCAAUAAUUAGCCCUUGCCAAUAAUUCAUUCUUAUAUUAUUUCUCUUGAACGGGUAAUGACCAUUACUCAAGUACUGGGAAUUUCACCAUGGGUUACUGUUUUCAUCAUCAACAUGCUUCAGCCCCCAGAGCUAGAUAUUCCAGCUACUGCUUCUGCUGACGAGAUCCAUGCAGGAGAGGAGGUGUUAUCCAGCUCAUUAUGUGUAGUCGUCCACUUCCCUCUUCCUAUCCAUAGAGAGAAUAAGGAAUAAGGUUUCUGUUACUUGAUGUUCACCUAAAAUUAAUGUGCAUCAUAAUGAUUUAAGAAGUAAAAAGUGGAUGGCUAAAUUCCUUCUCAGUCUUUUCAGAUUGCUGGUUUCCUUGUGUUAAAAAGUGUGAUUUUAAAAACUGUUGGGAGAGAAUUUUGGGCCAUUUGCUUUUGAUUAUGUGUGCAGAAAUGACCUAGCCUUUGUACACGAUGAAUCCAAAGGUCUCUUGACAUAAAGCCUCUCGGACUAAUUGCUUCAAGUUCACAAGGCUGCUAGUGAUAUGUUAAUGAAAAUUGGGCUGGAACAGCCCAAGGAUUGAGGCAUUACAGAAAGUUAGAGUGCAGGUUCAAUAAGUAAGUAGAAAGGCAUAUGGCAUGUUGGCUUCUGCUACCGGUGAAUUUGGGUAACUGGGACUAGAAUUUCUCCAUUGUUUGAAAGAUACAUUAAGAUGGUGCACUGGGAGGACUCCCUUCCUGACAUGGGUAGGUGAGAGUGUCCCUCAGGCUGAUUAGCUGGGAUUGGUCUGGAGAUCGGGUAGGUGAGAUUGGUCCAGACGCUGGGUUGGUGAGAUUGGUCCAAAGGCUGGGUUGCUGUGUUGGUUUAGAGAUUGAGUAAAUGGAGUUGGUCUAGAGGUUAGGUAGGUUCCUUUGCUUUAUAUGACAGAAGGAAAUGAUCUUUCCAUUCACCCUGAUAGGUACACAUUCAUGUAUGCAUAACGGAAUCUCAAGUAGUUUGCCAAGCGGCAUUGUUAACACUUGAUCCACAACAGAGAACUUUGACACUCUAAUCAAAAUAAUUAAUUGUUGCUCUCAGUAUACUUAAAAUAACAAUUUGAAAACUUUUAUGGUUCAUAAAAUUAGCUAUGGGAGGUGGUGUGUGUAUUUAACAGAAGUUCUUCUGAAGCUCAGAGUUUCUUUGACUUUUGUUUUGUGAAUGCUAGAUGAAUGUUCAAUAGCACAUCCUGUACCAUAGCUGUACCAUACAUUGUAGAGAAAGAAGGAAAAUGUAACAUUGUCUCAGUCCUGAAAUUUAUUAAAUGUUUAUUAAAACUUGC